AUGGCCGACACGCUGCCGAUCCCAACAGCGUUCACCCUAUCCGCCGUUCCCGUCUACCCGGCAGCGAAUUCUUUGCGCUUUUCCCAGGAUGGCCAGGCGAUUCUGCUCACCAAAUACGCCGUCCACCUCCUCACGCCAGAGCUCGGCGUCAGCGUUGGAACGCCCUCGGCCAUCAAGCAGACCAUCGACCAAAGCUCUUUAUUCCGCGCCGCCCCACCCCCCGUGAGCUGGCUCAGGACUGUGCUCGAGUUUGAUCGGGCUCUAUCCCACCAAUGGCCCGCAGAAUCCACCGAGUGGGGCGCGGUCUCUCUGGGCUCGCUCGACCCGUCGCUCACCGCGGUGGCGCCCUCUCCCAGCAACCUCACCGCUGGCGCCGGGUGGGUGCGGCCGCUCAUCUGCGUGCUCGCGCUCCUGAACUCCAACCUCGAACUAACCAUAUGGGGCGCUAGCAAAAAUCUUCUCACCGGCGAGUGGACAAAGCUCCACGACGUAACAAGUGUUCUCCAGGCUCAUGCCGCCAAGAGCCCGAGCUCGGCGUUCGAACAGACGCUACGCGCGCAGAGCACAUGCGUCGACUGGUCAUCUCAGCCAAUCUGGAACGGACAGCCCGCGCGGUUCGAAGACGCGUCGCUGCUCGCGGUCGGGAACCGUGGGGGUUCCGUCACCUUUCUCAGAUACGACAUGAGGCGCAAACUGAUGACUGUCGCCGAGGAGGUGGUCGUGUCUGACAUGUGGAUCACACAUCUGGCUUGGUCGGCUUGGACGCUCCGCGAAGACAACACUUGCGAGGCUAUGCUUGCGUGCGCUCUGUCAGACGGCUCGGUGGUCAUCAUUUCUGUCAGCCAGAGUCUAGCGUCGAGGGCCCUAGGUUCUGGGACUGAAUCCUCGCCGGAUCAUGGAUUCGUUCUCACAGUCGGGAUAAAUUUCGAGAAGCCCUCGGAGGGCAACGGCAGUGCCAUCACGGGAUUGAGGUGGGCGGACGUGGUUGGGCGCAAGCCGAUUUUGAUGCAUCACAUCGCUGGAAUUCUUCACCUGUGGUCUCCGAAACGCUCCGUCGGCUCCUCGGCACUGUGUUCUGCAUCCGGGAUCGCAUACAUUCAACGUUACGACCUUUGCGUGAUCGCGCUUUCCGACGGGUCCUUCCAUUCAGUUCACCAACUCUCUGUCGAGCCAACUCUGGACCCGCACCCGACGGAGGAAAGCGCCUCUUCCGGAGCGCUCUCCGCGGCGUCACGCUCAGUUUUUGCAAGAGUCGAACAGGAGCCUGUCACCUUCAAAGAUGUGGACUUUAUCCACGGCAUGACAGGGUACGAUGGCGCUGCGACGUUCAUGUGGGCUUACGAGGCGUCCCGGCCCACAAAUUUCAGCUACAAGUACGACGCCAAGCACGUCAGCACGUUCAUCCUUUCUCCGUUGUGGAACGACGACUCGGACGAUCGGGUGCUCCGUGAGCUGGCGGAGGUCGUCGCACACGCUCGCUGCGCGCACGGCGAGGCGCCCAUUUCUGCGCUUCGUCCAAUCCUGCUGCAUCUUCGGGAUGCAAACAGAAUCGCGCGACUGCACUCGAAGAUACUCGGGGUGCUCACGCAGAACGCUGCCGAGCAACCACCGGAGAUACAAGUUCCGGGGGGUUCCACAUGGAACGACGUCUCCCGCGAAGUGCGAGAAAGUUUGACUGCCCAUAUGUUCGGAUGGGACGCAGUGCACGCGCAGCGCUUGCGAUAUUCCGUGGCCACGUUCUGCGAGGUACGCGAUUCCGCACAAACGCCUCCGACGCUUCCGGGCAUCCGCUUCGAGACGCUACAACUUAUUCGGUCUUUCGCUUGUAGCGGCGGGCGGAAGCGGCGGACCGCGAUGGCCCCUCUAUCUGCCCACGACGUGUCGUUCGCAGUCCGUGUCUGCCAUCACGCCACAAAGUCGCUUGGAGGAAGCCCGGCUGUAGCAAAAGAGGCCGAAGAGCUUCUAACGCGCCUCCCGCCGCCCACCGCUCUGGGCACCAACCCACGGCGUACGGGUGCUACGUUCGACGUCGGGCCUAGCGACGCGUUCGGCAGCGAGGGAACCACCGAAGACAAUGACAGCCUUGGCGACGGGGAGCGGUGUCCCGCCUGCAACGCGGCAGUCCCGCUCGAGAAGGAGGACAGCGCAGUUUGCACGAACGGACACGUUUGGGACUCGAACGUAGAGGCGGCCACGGCCACGGACGGCUUUCAAGCAGACCUCCGGGCGGGAGAGGCGGUGCCGCUGCCCCGUCGGGACCGGGAUGCGGCCAGGGACGCGGCCGGGGACGCGCCGGGGACGGUCACGGCGGCGUUGGAGCGGGGGUUCAUGGCGGAGCUGCUCGAGGCGACGACCCGCUGCCCGGUCUGUGCCAACGCGUUUGUGGUGCUCGUGUGA